GCCUGGCUGGGGACCGCGCCGGGCUCCGGGACCUGGAGGGGACUCUCGGGCCGGCCCGGGGCAGCAUGUGACUCCGACCAGGAUUCAGCCCUGAUGGAGGCUGAGGAGUCUGAACAUGGAGCAUCCUCACCCAUCCCUGCCCUAGAAGAAUUUAGAGCUAUCCCUGAACCUAUCAUGAGGAGCAGUCAGAUCCCUGCCUUGGAUCCCGAAGCUCAAGAAGGCCAAGAUCCAUCCUAUAAGUGGACAGAUGGACACAGACCCUUGAUGAACCAGGCAAACAAGUUAAGGGACAUGAGUGACCACGCACUUGAUAGCAUGACAUUUUUCUUCAAUAAAGGUUCUUCAGAUGUGGAGAGAAGCCAGGAAAUCCUUGUGGCUGAGGCCUGUGUUGCUCCAGACCAGCAGAAAGUGGUACCCCAGAAACUUGAAGACAGACUGUCAAAAACAAUAGCUGCCCCUGAUUUCUUGGCUUGUGAUGUACAGGAUGAAUGGCUGGAAAUAUCGAGCAAACUAGACAGCAGAGUGGAGGCAGAACUGCAGCCAGACCUCAAGUCUUUGACAUUGGCAGUUAGCAAAGCAGAAGAAGAGGAAGAAACUUCUUCAGACAUCUCAAUCCGUAGAGGACUUCGGCCUCCCUGUCAAAAGCACCUUGGUGAGCCUGAUCAGUGUGAGGGCCAUGGAACUGAACUGCUCAGGCAGGGAAAACAGCUGCUGUUGGAGGACACACAAGAACAUCAAGGGCAAGAAGGCCUCCUCCAACCUCAAGAGGCCCAGGGACUGGAGGAGCAGGAAGGACAGGAAGUAGAAAUUCAGGAGGAAGGAACUCUGAGGGAAGAUAUUUGUUUUGAUGGGCUUCUGGGGGAUCAGGAAGAGGUGGGAGAGGAGGUUAAUGGUAAUGAGGAGGAAUGGAAGCAGGAACAGGUCCAAAACCAUAUGCUGCUUGGAGGACGACGGGAAAGUCGGGGGCUCAGUGGUGAAUUAGACGGUGUGAAUUAUAGUGAGUGGGGUCAAGAGGACAGGGAAAGGAGGGUUUGGGAUCAGAGAGAGACAGAAGAGGAGGGACAGGACAGGAAAUCAAGGGAGAUGGAAGAGAGGAGUGUUGACUCUCAGAAUGCAGAGGGUCAAAGGUUAGUAGAGAUAUCAGAGAAUAGAAGUAGAAAGCAGGAAGAUCAUGAUCAAACAGAAAAAGUGAUCCCACUAAGGGACCAAAAGGAGACUGUAGACUCAGGUGACAGGGAACAAGGGCACUGGGAAAGGGGUGGACAGGCAGCAGUGGAAGGGAGGAGAACAGGAGAGGACAGGCAUUGUCCUCCAAAGGCUCUGGUAGCUCCUGAGGUUCUCUCUCCAGGGACAUUGUUUGCAGAUGUCUCUCACUCUGUGGCUGACACUAGGCAGCUUCAGCGGGAGCCUGUGCCUGAGGAACCAAUCCCCCAAGCUCUGCUUCCUGCACUGGAGCCAAAAGAAUGCUCUCACCCACCCAUUUCUUCACCUGCCUCUUUUGCUACUGAAGAAUCCCUUGAUAAUUGGACUCACAACAGCCAGCAAGAAGGAUUCAGGCUGAGUAAGGAGACAGUGUCCAUCCAGGGGACUGAAGUUGCCUCUGUUAGUAUAUCUGUGACUCCUCCAGGGACACAAGAUUCACCCCCGCUCAGUCCUGCCAAAGUCUUCCCCAUCACUACUACCUUGUCACCUGUUAGCUCUCCAGUUGUCCUUCCUGGAAAGGAGACCCUAGCAGCCUCUUUCUCAGCUGACACUCCAACUCAUUGUGAGACUCCUCCAGUACCUGCAAAACUCAACAAGGACUCAGGCUUCACCUCUGACAAGGCCAGCCCUCACAGCCCUCCCAACAGCUGCAAUGGAGUCAGCCAACAUCUAAGAAGCAACUCGUUCCCAGGAUCCCACAGGACAGAGCAGACCCCAGGCUUUGUGGGAAUGUCACUUUCUUCCUCUCAUUCAGAAUUACCGCAGAGGCCCCCCAAACCUGCCAUCUGUGCCUCUGUGAUUCCGAGAAGAGACAGAAGAAGUAGGGAUGGUAUCAUCUUUUCAGAGUCCUCUGCUGCUGUUUUCGCUUUGAGACAGGACUCUGAAGAAGACCCUUCCAAUCCGGAGAGGCCCAGCAGUCCUCAUGGCAGUCAGCCGUGGGGCUCCCCACAGAACUCAGCCUUUGCCAUAGGCUCUCCUGCGAAUGAUUCUUCUCCACUCCCUGUCUCCAUGGAUAUAAGGGUACAUGAACCUCUUCCCCCUCCUCCCCCACGAAAGAGACAUAGCUACAGCUGCAUAGUCGAGAGAGAUGGCCUUCUUCAUACAGUAGCUCCUACCCUGAAGCGGCACAGUCAUCCUCCUCCAUUGACCAUAAGUUCAGGGUGCCAUGGAUCUCCUAAAGGCACGUUCCCACUAGUUCCUGACUCUGUUGUGGCAAGGCAGCGCCGACCUCUGCCGUCCACCCCAGAAAGCCCUCACCACACUCAGACCUCCAUCCCCUCCAGAAUAAGAUACAACAAACCAUUACCCCCAACUCCUGACAUGCCUGAGCCCGGCCAGUCUCCCAUCUCUUCCUCUAAUAUCGCAAGGAUGUACAGGCCUCUACCCCCAGUCCCCAUCAUAGACCCUUCCCCUGAACCACCCCCAUUACCUCCAAAGUCCAGGGAGAGAAGCAGGAGUAUCCAGGGAGGAGUUACACAUUCGAGGGGUCAAGCAAAUCCGAGACCCACUGGCCAAGACUGGACGGUCUCCACUCUCUCAGUUGGACGGACCUCCUGGCCUCCGGCCACAGGCAGAUCAACAGAAUCUUUGGCUCCCACCAAUAAAAGUAAUAGUGAAAUGUCUGCUGGCCUGGCUUUCAGCAACAUGACAAACCUUCUAAGUCCUUCUUCUCCUACCACUCCCUGGAUCCCUCAGCUUCAGAGACCCACCAGCAACGAUGAGGCAGAGCUCACUGAAGAGUCUGAGCCUCCAGUGAGAGAACCAUUUAGAAGCUCAGCCCCUCAGGAGGGAUUGAGUGACACAAGGAGUUCAGCUUUCGGACCAAGAAAGCAGUCAGAAAAACCCAUCCACCACCAACUGGAGAAGGCAUCCAGCUGGCCACACAGGCGGGAUCCAGCGAGAACAUCAGAGGGUAGCACUGGACAGGUUGUUCCUGGCCAAGCAUCCAACAAGCACAAGGGCUGGAGCCGGCAAGGCCUGCGCAGACCUUCUAUUUUGCCUGAGAGCUCUUCAGAUGGAAGAAAUCUAGGUGAGGGAAGACCUCCUGGCUCUUCAGAUUCUGUUGUUUUCCGGGAGAAGAAACCAAAGGAGGGGAUGGUGGGUCCCUCAAGACGUCGCUCCAAGUUCAUCAACCACGCCCAGAUACUUUAUCAGGAGUACAGCGAUGAUGCUCUGAACAAGGAGAUUCAGAGCCAGCAGCGGCUGGACAGCCUGGCUGAGGCACCUGGGAUCUAUUCCCCCCAGCAGCGUCGAAAGGCACUGGUCUCUUCCGACUCCUACCUCCAGCGCCUCUCCAUGGCCUCCAGUGGCUCGCUCUGGCAGGAAAUCCCUGUGGUGCGCAAUAGCACAGUGCUGCUCUCCAUGACCCACGAAGAUCAAAAACUACAAGAGGCCAAGUUCGAGCUGAUUGUGUCAGAAGCGUCUUACCUGCGCAGUCUAAACAUAGCUGUGGAUCAUUUCCAACAUUCAUACCAACUGCGGGCCACCCUGUCCAACCAGGAUCACCAGUGGCUCUUCUCUCGUUUGCAGGAUGUACGAGAUGUCAGCACCACGUUCCUUUCAGACCUAGAAGAAAACUUCGAGAACAACAUCUUCUCCUUCCAAGUGUGUGAUGUUGUCUUGGAUCAUGCCCCAGACUUUCGCCGAGUCUACCUGCCUUAUGUCACCAACCAGACCUAUCAGGAACGCACCUUCCAAAGCCUCAUGAAUAGCAAUGGCAGUUUCCGAGAUGUCUUGGAGAAGCUGGAGAGCGAUCCCAUCUGCCAACGCCUGUCUCUCAAGUCCUUUCUGAUACUGCCCUUCCAGCGUAUCACUCGUCUCAAGCUGCUGCUCCAGAAUAUUCUGAAGAGAACCCAGCCUGGCUCCUCGGAAGAGGCAGAGGCCACAAAGGCACACCAUGCCCUGGAGAAGCUGAUCCGAGACUGCAACAACAACGUGCAGAGCAUGCGGCGGACAGAGGAGCUCAUCUAUCUGAGCCAGAAGAUCGAGUUCGAGUGCAAAAUUUUCCCACUUAUUUCACAAUCUCGAUGGCUGGUGAAGAGUGGGGAGCUGACGGCCCUUGAGCCCAGUGUCUCCCCAGGGCUGAGAAGGAAAGUGACUACUCGUCCAGUCCACCUUCAUCUCUUCAAUGACUGCCUGUUGCUGUCCCGGCCCCGAGAGGGCAGCCGGUUCCUGGUAUUUGAUCAUGCUCCAUUCUCCUCUGUCCGAGGGGAAAAGUGUGAAAUGAAGCUGCAUGGACCUCACAAAAACUUCUUCCGCCUCUUUCUGCAGCACAAUGCACAGGGCAUGCAAGCUGAGUUCCUCUUCUGCACUGAGACUCAAAGUGAAAAGCUUCGGUGGAUCUCUGCUUUGGCCAUGCCCAGAGAAGAGUUGGACCUGCUUGAGUGUUACAACUCCCCACAAGUUCAGUGCCUCCGUGCCUACAAGCCCCGGGAGAAUGAUGAGUUGGCACUAGAGAAGGCGGAUGUGGUGAUGGUGACUCAGCAAAGCAGCGAUGGCUGGUUGGAAGGUGUGAGACUCUCAGAUGGGGAGCAGGGCUGGUUCCCUAUCCAACAAGUAGAGUUCAUUUCGAACCCAGAGGUCCGCGCUCAGAACCUCAAAGAAGCCCAUCGAGUCAAGACUGCCAAACUACAGCUGGUGGAACAGCAAGUCUAACUGUCCUUGGAGAGAAGUCUUCUGAGCUAAUGAACAAGCAUUCCUGGAGAUGGCUGGCCCCGGAAACCUGCUGCAGAGGCCUUCUGUGGACCAGGAACUUGGUCUUCUGAAAGUCCGAGGGCUAGCUCAGUCCCUUGCCCCAGUAAUUCUUCACAUUUUGUGCUUGGUAGAGAAUAUUGAGUGACUUCACACUGGAUUCUGGGAUCCUUUCUUCAUAGGAAAAGGGGGCUUGAGCCUAGGCGGUGUGCUCGCCACUACCAGAUGGCGCUUGUACCUCGUCUGCUGCCACGGUGCAGAUUCAGAGCUGGCCGGAUGUGAGGGGUGGACACAUGUUACCAUGUUACUGGACGGACCUCAGCUCACUCACUGGAGGGAGGUGUAGUGGGAAUUAGCACAUCAGGUGGGAAGGUGAACCUGGUGCCUUCUAGGGUAUCUUCCAGUCCAGAGAUUCUCCUCAGUGCAUGCGCCCCUGAGGUCUUUGUUUCUUGGUGGCAAUGUGAGGGUGGCAUUCUCUCACUUUAAUAAACUUGGCACUUCUCUGA